CCACCACAACCAUGCUUACAAAUUAAAACAGUAACAUUUAAAUCUCCCCAUUUCCCUGUUAACUUCUCUCUAUCUCUCUCUGUUUUCUUCCUCCUUCUAAACACAAAAACAAAGAAAGAAAAUUAGCUGAAGAAGAAGAUGAAGAAGCAAACUCAGUAAUGAUGAUAUGCAAAGUUUACUAUUUAUAUAGUUCUGUCAUUUCUUGUUUGCAGAUAUAUAUAUGUGUUUGUGUGUGUAAAAGCAAGCAUAUUCAGUAAAUCUGUUGUGUGUUUCUUGGUAAUCUGAAACAACAAAAAAGAAAAAAAGAAUGGCUUCUAAUGGAACAGUAGCAUCGUGUCUAAAACCCAUGAAGGCUACAUCUGAUGGAGUCUUCCAAGGAGAUAAUCCUCUUGAUUAUGCACUGCCUCUUGCCAUUGUACAAAUUGUUCUUGUGGUUGUCCUCACUCGGGUUCUUGCUUUUCUUCUCCGGCCAUUGCGCCAGCCUCGUGUUAUCGCUGAGAUUAUUGGAGGCAUACUGCUGGGACCAUCAGCUUUAGGUCGGAACACAGACUAUCUGCAUAGGAUUUUCCCCCCAAGAAGCCUGACAGUGUUAGAUACUCUAGCCAAUCUUGGUCUUCUCUUCUUCCUGUUCCUUGUCGGUCUUGAAUUAGACUUAAAGUCCCUUCGUCGGACAGGAAAAAAGGCUUUAAGCAUAGCUCUUGCAGGAAUCAGCUUACCCUUUGUAAUGGGAAUUGGGGUAUCAUUUGUCCUUAGGAACACUAUCUCUCCAGGAGUAAAAGAAGCUCCACUACUUGUAUUCAUGGGAGUGGCCCUUUCUAUCACUGCUUUCCCUGUCCUGGCUCGGAUUUUGGCAGAACUUAAGCUUUUAACUACCGAUGUUGGUCGAAUGGCAAUGUCAGCUGCAGCAGUAAAUGAUAUAGCGGCAUGGAUUUUACUUGCUCUUGCCAUUGCUCUCUCUGGAACUGGUCGUUCUCCACUAACAUCUUUAUGGGUGCUUUUGACUGGGUGUGGAUUUAUUAUCUGUUGUAUUCUUAUUGUCCCUCCUGUCUUUAAAUGGAUGGCUCACCGUUGUCCUGAAGGCGAGCCAGUAAACGAAAUGUACGUUUGUGCUACAUUAGCUACUGUAUUGGCAGCAGGAUUUUGCACUGAUUCUAUUGGCAUUCAUGCCCUCUUUGGUGCAUUUGUGAUUGGAGUUCUCAUCCCUAAAGAUGGACCAUUUGCUGGUGCUCUUGUUGAAAAGGUUGAAGAUCUUGUAUCUGGUCUCUUCCUCCCAUUGUACUUCGUUUCUAGCGGAUUGAAGACCAAUGUGGCCACAAUUCAAGGAGCUCAAUCAUGGGGCUUACUAGUUUUAAUCAUAGCCACAGCCUGUUUCGGGAAGAUAAUUGGCACCGUAGGUGUCUCUCUCUUAUGCCGAAUCCCUUUUCAGGAAGCUUUAACUCUAGGUUUCCUGAUGAAUACCAAAGGCUUGGUGGAGCUCAUUGUCCUCAACAUUGGAAAAGAUAGAGGGGUCCUGAACGAUCAAACGUUUGCUAUCUGCGUUCUGAUGGCUAUCUUCACAACCUUUAUCACAACGCCUAUUGUUGUAUCAAUAUAUAAGCCCGCAAAAAGGGCAAUAAAUGCUGAUUAUAAGCAUAAAACCAUUGAGAGAAAAGACCCAGAUUCUCAGCUUCGAAUUUUGGCUUGUUUCCACAGUACAUUGAACAUCCCCACAAUGAUUAAUUUCAUUGAGGCUUCGCGUGGAACUGAGAAGAGGCAAGGACUGUGUGUUUAUGCUCUGCACCUUAUGGAGCUUUCUGAGAGGUCAUCAGCAAUCCUUAUGGUCCAUAAGGCGAGAAAGAACGGACUGCCCUUUUGGAAUAAGUUGCAGAAGUCCGAUACCAAUCAAGUUGUUGUUGCUUUUGAGGCUUUCAGGCAGCUGAGCCGUGUGUUUAUUCGUCCAAUGACAGCAAUCUCAGCUUUGCAUAACAUGCACGAGGAUAUUUGCGCUAGUGCUGAAAGGAAAAGGGCUGCAAUGGUUAUCCUCCCAUUCCAUAAGCAUCAGAGAUUAGAUGGGACUUUGGAGACGACACGAAAUGAAUUCCGUUGGGUCAAUAAGAGGGUUCUUGAGCAUGCACCAUGUUCAGUUGGAAUUUUGGUGGAUCGCGGGCUUGGUGGGGGCACACAUGUAUCUGCAAGCAACCUUUCCUCCACCAUAACAGUGCUAUUCUUUGGUGGGCGUGACGAUCGUGAAGCCCUUGCUUAUGGUGCAAGAAUGGCCGAGCACCCUGGAAUUAGCCUAACUGUUAUUCACUUUAUUGCUAGCACUGAGAUUGUAGGGCAGAUGGUCAAAGUUGACAUAACUGAUGAAGCGUCAAUUACAUCAGAAUCGGCUGAUAAAAUGGUUCUAGUUGGGAUCAAGAAAGUUUCAGAUGACAACUCAAUCAAAUUUGAAGAAAGGGUAGUGAAUAGUGCUAGAGAAGUUGUUGAAGCAGUUAAGGAGUUCAGCCGCUGCAAUCUUUUCGUCGUCGGUCGAAUGCCUGAAGGUCCUGUAGCUGCAGCUUUGAAUGGGAAGGCUGAGUGCCCUGAAUUGGGUCCUGCAGGAAACCUAUUGACUUCUCACGAUUUUACUACUUCAGCAUCUGUUUUGGUGGUGCAGCAGUAUAAUAGUCUAAAAUCAACUCAACCCUGCUCAGGCAGCUCCACAAAGAUUGCAGAGGAGCCUGAGCAUGAUUCAGAAACCGGAUAGGUUGGUUUCCCAGUCCAGGCUAUUGUUAUUUGGAUGUAUAUAUAAUAUAUGUGAUGAUCAUGAAAAGAUUAGUAGCAAAUUUCUUUGCUCUUAAUAAGUGUUCAUCAGGACAGGACCUGCUCGCUGUUUUCAAGACCUUGACUGCUCCACAGGAUUUAAAAGAAAAAAGAAAGAAAAGAAAAAAAAGAGAAAAGAAAAGCCAAAGGAGAGUAGAUUUCAUUCAUGUAGAAUUGCUUCUAUACUCUUUUCUUUGCAAACAAUUACCUGUAACUGACACCUGUAAAGGGGUUGUAAUGAAGAGUCUCACUAAAACAUUCCUUUUAUGGUUGCA